AUGGAGCAGCCAUUUUCGAAAACAAGAUUUUGGGACAUCCCCGUGGAAUCCCCAUGGACGGGCAUACCUUUCUGCCCCCGAAGUCAGACAUUCCACGUAAUCGCUAGACUUGAGGUCUACAGACCGGCAGCUUAUAUAACAUGGGCUGUAGCGAUUGCAGUUUCACUUCCAAUUUUUGCAUGUAUCACGGGGCUUCUUUUAGUCAUAGAUGCGAUUGCUGUUGCUGGGGAAUUCAUCUACUCAACACUCAAGUGUUGGACUACUACAACGCGGCAUGGAAUUUCGGACGACGGCGAUGAUUUGGUUUCGGAUCAACUUCCUACAACCAACUAUCACCCCUUCACUAGUUCUACUCCGAAUAUUUCCUCAAGGCUCUCUUCAGCAUUCAUUCCGGAUCUCGAUCACACUUCUGUCAGUAGCACUGUUCUCAAUGAAAAAAAGCUCCCACUUUGCAAAAUUCCUUCGAAAAGCCUCACCUGCAUUUAUAACGUUGCCAACCUGGCAUUCCCACAGCCAUGCGCUCAACUUGAAGGUCGCUACAGGAAAAGCGACUCCCAGUUUCCUCUCGACCCUCCUCCAUAUCAUCUGCCUGCAGCUCCAUAUUAUGCGACGAUAGCGAUUGCCAUUUAA